AAGGACUCUCCAAAGUUCACCCCUACCCCUUUACCCAGUGCCCACUGGCCACUCCUUGUACGAAAAACUCUGUGCCCCCAAAUCUCAACUCCCCCGACACCAUUUCUGUCCCACACACUCUCUCUCUCUCUUAAUUCUGGCCGGGAAAUUACAACUUUUUUCAGUUUUUUUUGGGGAAACUAGCAGAACUGUAAUCCAUUACAUUUAUACCAAGAAAUCUCGGGAAAAUGUGGAAUCUUGCGCGAAGACCCAUUAUGGUUUCUUGAGUUACAGUGAGAUUUCUUGAUUUUUCUUGCAGGUUUGCCUAUGGUGAUGAUAGAAGGGCUGCUAGGUAAGUUUAUUUUGGUUUGAAAGUACAAUGUGAGGUGAAUUUCCAUUUUUUAUUCUGUAUGUAUGUGUAUGUACUUUCUUGGUUGUGAAGAUGGUGGCUGCUGUUUCUGAAAACCCCAAAAUUAUAGCUUCAAGAAGACCUCCAUUAUUGUCUUCUGAAAAAGAUGAUUGUAAUGGGUUUUCAAACAAUCCCAGGAGGCCCAAAUCUAGAAUUGUUUCUUCAAGAUACAUGUCCCCUUCAAGUUCUACUUCCACUUCGUAUUCCUCUUCAGUUUCCUCAUCUUCCUCUUCUUCUGGAAGGUAUCCCUCUCCUUUAGUUUCAAGAAACUUAACCCCGGUGUCAAAGAUUCCUUCUUUAGGCCCCAAGAGGUCUGUGUCCGCAGACCGUAGGCGGCCCGUGGCUGCCAGGCCUUUAGCACCUGAUCUUGAUUCCAGGCAUGGGAAUUUGACUGAAGUUUCUGCAGCCGCUAAGUUGCUGGUCACAUCGACUCGGAGUUUAUCAGUUUCCUUUCAAGGUGAAGCCUUUUCUCUACCAUUUAGUAAGACUAAGGUUGCCCCUCCUUCACCUAAUUUGAGUAGUGUGAGGAAGGGUACUCCAGAGAGGAGGAGAAGUGGUACUCCAUUGAGAGGAAAGGGUGACAGGGGAGGAGAUCAAGUAGAGAAUUCUAAGAGUAAGGUUUCCCUGCCUUCAUCUAAUUUGAUUAGUGUGAGGAAUGGUACUCCGGAGAGGAGUUCUGCUACUCCAUUGAGAGGAAAGGGUGAGAGGGGAGGAGAUCAAGUAGCAAAUUCUAAGAAUGUUGAUCAGCAUAGGUGGCCGACGAAGAACCGGCCGGUGAAUCCAUUGUCAAGGAGUUUGAAUUGUAGCAGUGGUGGUGUAGAGAGGAAUACGCUCAUUGGAUCUGGGAAUGUGGUUCGAGCAUUGCAACAAUCUAUGAUUGAUGAGAGGAGGGCGUCACUUGAUGGCAGGUUGAAUCUUGAUUUGGGCUAUUCAGAUCUUUUAAAGACAUCUCAACGAGUUAUAGAUAGGAAUUUGGCUAAUAAUGAGUCAUCUGUACCAUCUGAUCUCACUGCAUCCGAUUCAGACAGUGUCUCUUCUGGUAGUACAACUGGAGUUCGAGAAAGUGGAGGGGGUUUCCGUGGAAAAAGUGGUCCUCGUGGAAUUGUUAAUUCAGCUAGGUUUUGGCAAGAAACCAAUAGUCGGUUGAGGAGGUUGCAGGAUCCAGGCUCUCCUUCAUCAGCAAAUCCCAGUUCAAAACUAAUUGUGCCUCCAAAGUUGAAAAAGUAUGCAAGUGAUGGUCCAUUGUCAUCCCCUAUUCGUGGAGGUAUUAGACCUGCAUCUCCGAGCAAGCUUAUGACACCUGUGGGAUCAUCUCCAUCCCGGGGACUUAGUCCAUCUCGUGUCAGAAAUACUGUUAGCACCAUUACUAAUAAUUUCAAUGAGACACCAUCUGUUCUUAGUUUUUCUGUUGAUGUUCGAAGAGGGAAAGUAGGCGAAAACCAUAUUGCUGAUGCACACUUUUUGAGGCUUCUGUAUAAUCGGCACCUCCAGUGGCGUUUUGCCAAUGCUAGGACUGAAGUGAUCUUGCUGGUGCAGAGACACGGUGCAGAGAAAAAUCUAUGGAAUGCGUGGAUAACAAUCUCACAUCUACGCGAUACUGUCACCAAAAAAAGGCACCGAUUGCAGUUGCUUAGACAAAAGUUGAAGCUAGCCUCCGUUCUCAAGGGACAAAUGACGUUUUUAGAACAUUGGGGUUCUCUGGGUAAAGAUCACUCCAUCUCUUUGCUUGGAGCUAUUGAAGCUUUGAAAGCUAGCACUCUUCGCCUUCCAGUUGUUGGAGGAGCAACUGCCGACAUCCCGAGCUUGAAGGAUGCUAUUGGUUCAGCAGUUGAUGUUAUGCAGGAUAUGACAUCAUCAAUAUAUUCACUUCUACCGACGGUCGAAGAAGUGAAUUCUUUGUCGGCAGAACUUGCCCAAGUUACUGCAAAAGAGCGGGUUUUGCUUGAACGAUGCACAGGUCUUACAUCCAUGUUAGCAGCCAUGCAGGUCAAAGACAAUAGUCUGAGAACAAAUAUAUUACAAAGUAUAUCCUAGUAUCAACAGCCUGACCAGACCUUAACAACUGACCUGAUUUGAGUUGACUUUAGAUGCUAACAUUAUACGAAGCUUUCGACCUAGUGAAGGCUGCAACGAUCGGAUGAUGAGUCUUGGAUGAUCAUUUUGGCAUUUUGUAACACAUUGAUGGCUCGGUCUUUAAUCCGGAUAUUGAAUAGUAUAGGAAAUGAUAUUUCCUUCUUGCUAAUCAGCUGUAUACAAGUAUUUCUUUCUUUUAUAUACUAGCCCUUGUUUCAUGGAAACGAGAAAACUGAUGUAUAUAUGUAAUAUUCGAAAUGCACUGUUUUCUUAUUUGUGUCUGCAGUUAUUGAGGGCUGACCUUGUGGUA